AUGGCCGGGGCCGGCUGGGCGCCUCCGCAGCUGGAAGACUUCCUGCUGACCGAGCGGCUGGGCAGCGGCACCUACGCCACCGUCUUCAAAGCCUACCGGAAGAAGAACUCCCGGGAAGUGGUGGCCAUCAAAUGCGUGAGUAAGAAGAAUCUCAACAAGGCCUCUGUCGAAAACCUGCUGACCGAAAUCGAAAUCCUCAAAAACGUCCGGCACCCCCACAUUGUGGAGUUAAAGGACUUCCAGUGGGACAAGGAAUACAUCUACUUAAUCAUGGAAUAUUGUCCUGGAGGUGAUCUGUCCCGUUUCAUCCGUAGCCGGAGGAUUCUUCCCGAAAAGGUGGCUUGUAUAUUUCUACAACAACUGGCUUGUGCCUUGAAAUUCCUUCACGAUAAGAAUAUCUGCCAUCUGGACCUCAAACCUCAAAAUAUCCUACUGAGUUCCUUGGAGAAAUCUCAUCUCAAGCUGGCAGAUUUUGGAUUUGCACAGCACAUGUCCCCCAGGGACGAGAAGCACGUGCUGAGAGGUUCGCCUCUUUAUAUGGCGCCAGAAAUGGUGUGCAAUCGGCAAUACGAUGCCCGGGUAGACCUGUGGUCAGUGGGCGUCAUCCUCUAUGAGGCUCUCUUUGGCCGGCCGCCUUUCGCCUCCAAAUCGUUUGCUGAGCUGGAGGAGAAGAUCCGGAGCAGCCACCCUGUUGAGCUUCCCAGCCGCCCCCGACUCUCCCCGGAGUGCCGGGAUCUCCUGCAGCGUCUUCUGCAAAGGGACCCCCAGCAGCGGAUCUCCUUCCAGGCCUUCUUUGCACACCCGUUUGUGGACAUGGAGCACAUGGCCAGCGCGGAAAGUCUGGGGAAAGCAACCAAGCUUGUCACGGAGGCGGUCAAGAAGGACCAAGAAGGUGACAUGACCACCGCCCUUUCGCUCUACUCCAAAGCUCUGGAGUACUUUGUCCCUGCCUUACGAUAUGAACAAGACGCCCAGCGGAAGGAAGCGAUCCGAUCCAAGGUGAGCGAUUAUAUCUCACGUGCCGAGCAGCUCAAGGUGCUGGUAGCAUCGGACAACAAAGCCCUUUUGCAAAAAGGCUGCCCUGGACGGGACAUUUUAAAAGAGAUGUCCAAGAACAAACCCCGACUGUAUGCUGCUCUGGAGGUCGCAUCUGCCGCUGUGGCGAAGGAAGAAGAAGGGAAGGAGGACAGCGAAACGCUGGAGCUGUAUCAGCAGAGCUUGGGCGAAUUGCUUCUGAUGCUGGCUGCGGAACCUGCAGGAAGAAGACGAGAAUUGCUACAUGCUGAGAUCCAGACGCUGAUGGCCCGAGCAGAAUAUCUGAAAGAACAGAUCAAGAUCAAGGAAUCCCAGUGGGAAGCUGAGUCCAUCGGAAAUGAGGGCCUUUCGGAUUCUGUAAGAAACUCAUGUACUUUACAGUGACCCAUUGCCAGGAGCCGGCCUGGGGGCUUUCCAUACCUCAACCAGCCAGCCGUGGACAAUCCGAAUUUGCACCCCGUUGUUUUCAUAACUGGGGCUAAUUGUUGCUGACACAGAGCUGGGUCCUGCUGCGGAUUCAGACGGGCGGAGCAAACGCUAGGGAACGUGAGGUUUUGUAGGCUGUCAAACCUGGCCUGGCGUGAUUUAUUUUCCCCGUUGGCAAAACUUGAAUUUAAGUGACUAACCUUAGAGGCUAUCAGGCAUUUAGUGGGCAGGGAAAUAAGCUCAGGGUACUUUUGUUGAAGGUACGUUGUGUACAGUAGUACACGAUCCGGAACGAGGUGUUUACAAGUGGGUGAUGCCAGGAUGGUUCUCCUGUGUAUUAUCCUGAUUGAGGAAAGAUGGAGAAUCUUAUAGGGAAAUGUCUUCAUAAACUAUUUUCUAACAGCUA